UUUGAACUUCUCUAUCUCCAGCUAGUAACAUGCUUUGUGACCAUUGCCCCUUUCCUACAAGGGGUCCUUGUCUUUUAUUUCCACUCUCUUAGUGGCUUCCUGCAAUUACCGAGAGGCCUGUUUUACCAGAUUUGCCGACCCAGGAUGGGUAAGACGGAUAUUGACUCUGUGGAGCUCACCUCACCCACUGAGACACGACAGGCGGUACCCAUAGAGACUCAUUGCCCCAUCUCUGGGGAGACCAAGAAGAAAAGUGACUCUGACGACAGAGGCACAUGGAAAGGCCGAUUUGACUUCUUGCUGUCCUGUGUGGGCUACGCCAUUGGUUUGGGGAACGUGUGGCGGUUCCCUUACCUGUGCGGAAAGAAUGGUGGAGGAGCUUUCCUCAUCCCUUACUUUCUUACGCUGGUCUUUGCCGGGAUUCCGCUUUUCUUCCUGGAGACAUCGCUGGGUCAGUUCACAUCUAUCGGUGGAUUGGGGGUGUGGAAGCUGGCCCCCAUGUUUAAAGGAGUUGGAAUGGCCGCAGUCGUGCUGUCCUUCUGGCUGAAUGUUUACUACAUUGUCAUCAUCGCCUGGGCUCUGUAUUAUCUCUUCAACUCCUUCUCCUCGACGCUGCCGUGGCAGAGCUGCGACAACAGCUGGAACACAGAUCGCUGCUUCUCCAACUACUCUCUGAAUGACACCAGCAACCUCACCAGCACUGUCACCGAGUUCUGGGAGAGGAACAUGCAUCAGGUUACCGGGGGGCUGGGAGAGCCGGGGAACAUCCGCUGGCCCCUAGCCUGCACUCUGGCGCUAUCCUGGGUCAUGGUGUAUUUCUCAAUCUGGAAGGGCGUGGAGUGGACCGGGAAGGUGGUGUAUUUCUCAGCGACUUACCCUUACUUCAUGCUGGUGAUCCUGUUCUUCAGAGGGAUCACUCUUCCUGGAGCCAUGGAGGGGAUCCGCUUCUACAUUACCCCAGACUUCAGCAAGCUGUCUCAGUCUGAGGUUUGGAUGGAUGCAGCCACACAGAUCUUCUUCUCCUACGGGCUGGGGCUGGGAUCCCUGAUUGCUCUGGGAAGUUACAAUUCGUUCCACAACAAUGUAUACAGGGAUUCCAUCAUCGUAUGCGCCAUAAACUCCACCACCAGCAUGUUUGCCGGGUUAGUCAUCUUCUCCAUCGUUGGAUUCAUGUCUCACAUCACCAAGAAGCCCAUCCAGGAGCUGGCGGCAUCAGGUCCAGGGCUGGCGUUCCUGGCCUAUCCACAGGCGGUAACUCAGCUGCCCAUGUCUCCUGUCUGGUCCAUUCUCUUCUUCUCCAUGCUAGUCAUGUUGGGUUUGGACAGUCAGUUUUGCACGGUGGAGGGGUUUAUCACCGCGCUGGUGGACGAAUACCCGCAACUUCUGAGAAGCAGAAAGAAAAUCUUCAUUGCUGCUGUCUGCUUCAUCUCCUUCAUUGUUGGAUUUUCUAAUAUUACCCAGGGUGGAAUUUAUGUCUUCAAGCUGUUUGACUAUUACUCCGCCAGUGGGAUGUGUCUUCUAUUCCUGGUUUUCUUUGAGACUGUAUCUAUAUCAUGGUGUUAUGGUGUGGACCGUUUCUAUCAGGACAUUGAAGAGAUGAUUGGGUACCAGCCCUGCUCGUGGUGGAAACUCUGCUGGGCCUAUUUCACCCCAUUUGUCUGUUUGGGUGUCUUCAUAUUCAGUGUAGUAGAGAUGACUCCUCUCACACUAGGACGAUAUGUGUAUCCUGCAUGGGGGCAAGGCAUCGGAUGGCUCAUGGCGCUGUCGUCUAUGGUGCUGAUUCCUGGUUACAUGUUGUACCUGUUCCUCACCUCCACAGGCAGUGUAAGCCAGCGCCUCCGUGACAUGACGCAGCCGCAGAUGGAGCGAAUAAUGCAGAAGAACGGACUGCGCCCCAGACUCAGCCUGGAUGGGACAACACGGGAGAUUCCGGGCGUGUAACCCUCUGCUUGCCUACAUGCGGCCGGCCUCUCAUCUCCCCCUCUGACAACGCUUCCUGGUAGCUUGCAGAUCUGGGCAGGGAAGCCCCACACUUAGUAACAUAAACCCGUGUAAGUAGGACGGAACCUGCCUGAGUGCCUUAUGGCGUCACCUUGCAAGUAACAUCAUUUACAAAAUAACUUGACAACUGUCUACUGUAAUGACUGAUAACAGUAAUAAUA